UUUUCUGCGGAGCUGGUCCGCUCUGUCCCCUAUUGGGACCGCCCCUGAGCUCAGCGUCAGCCAAUGAGAGCCGUAGAUUGGAACGCAGGCGAUUGCCUUGAGAGCGUUGUAGGGAGGCGGGGAAGGUUACCUAGCAACCGGAGAUGCUGGGAGGCCCCGCCAAGCGGUAGACAAGUGCAUUCCCAGAGCCCGAGGAACAGGAGCUGACGGAUCCCGGACAGAGGCAAUUCCUAGUGGAUCCCCUAACCCCCAGGGAUCCUUGGCCUCAACCCAAUCAUGACGUCUCCCCUGUGCUGGGCGGCCUCCGCCAACUCCAUGCCUUCUCAGGGCCAGAUUUCAGCUCUCUCCAAAGUCAAGGGUAGGCAGGCUCAGAGCGAGCCCUACCACCCUCGAGGCAAGGGCCCGGUGCAGGCCUGGCACUCACUCUAUUCCAAGGCGGCACCUUUCCACUCCCGCGAGGGGAAGUCCGCUGUGUACACGCAGGUGGCUGAGUUACAAAGCAAGAUACAACUGUUAGAGGGUGACCAGAAGGCCUUUUAUGAGAGCACCCAGUGCAGCAUCAAAAAGAAUCAGGAGACCAUCAACCAGCUCCAUGAGGAGACCAGGGCGCUGCAAUUACAGUUGACAGACCUGCUCCAGAGAGAUGAGAAAGUGAUCCAGGCAGUGAUUCGGAAAUGGAAAUCAGAGAAGCCGUACCUGAAGAACAGGACAAGCCAGAAGGCUCUGGAGCACCUGGACCACCGGCUGAGCGAGAAGGUGAAGCAGCUGAAUGCUCUUCGGUACCAGCUGGGGCUGCGACAGAAGUGGCUGGAGGAGCUCCAGCUGCAGCACAGUCUGCGUGAGCUGGAGAUGGCAGAGGCGAAAGAUAGCAACACAGAGGUGGCCAAGACCAUGCGGAACCUGGAGAACCGCCUGGAGAAGGCCCAGAUGAAGGUGGAGGAGGCCGAACACAUCACCAAUGUGUACCUGCAGCUCAAGGCCUAUCUACAGGAGGAGAGCCUUCGCUUGGAGAACCGGCUGGACUUCAUGGAGGCUGAGGUGGUGAGAACGAAACGCCAGCUGGAGAAACUGAACCUAAUGAAUCAGGAGGCGCUUAACGCGAGGGACAUCGCCAAGAACCAGCUGCAGCAUCUGGAAGAGACAGUGUUCCGAGAGCGCAAAAAGCGCGAACGCUACCUAACACAGUGCAAGAAGCGCGCGGAGGAGAGGAAACUGCAGAACGAACGCAUGGAGCGCAAAACCCAGCAGGAGCAGGUGCUGCUGCAGUCCGACGACAGGCUCCAGGACAGCAUGCGCUCCAAAGAGGAGGCGCUGCGGCGGCUCUGGAACACGUACCAGAUGGAGGUGCUCUUCGGCAAGGUCAAGGACGCCACCGGCGUGGCGGAAACGCACGCGGUGGUGCGGCGGUUCCUGGCACAGGGCGACAACUUCACGCAGUUGGAGACGCUCAAAAACGAAAACCAGCAGACGCUGAUGAGGCUGAAGCAAGAGAAGCAGCAGCUGCAGCGGGAGCUCGAAGACUUCAAAUACUCAGGGGAGGCCAUGCUGGUGAGCGAGCAGAGGCUGCACGACGAGUUGCAGGGGCGCAUCAAGGCUGGGGAGCAGCGGUGCGCUGACACACAGGAUCGGCUGGAGCUCUCCAUGCAGGCAAUGCAAAUGGCCAAAGAGGGCCUGGAACACCUGGCUGGCAAACUGAACCACAUCCUAGUGGCAGGCCCCGCCCACGAGGAAGCCCUGCAAGACGUGAGAGGCGGUGCCAGCACGCAGGAGGCCGGCCGCUUUGCGGAAAAGGAGCUGGAUCCCAAGGCAGGUGACUAUCUGCCCAACCUACUGGGCCUCGUGGAGGAAAAACUGUUGAAGCUACAGGCGCAACUCCAGAACCACAACGUGCCAGAGAUGCUGCGCCACAUCGCCGACCGCGAGUUCUACUCCACCCUAGAGGGAAAGCUGCCGAAGUACAACACCCGCAUCGCCCUGCCUGUUGCCGGUCGCAAGGACAGGUUCUUCGACGAAGAGGAGAGCGAGGACAAAUACAGCAACGUGGUGACCCGUGCGGAGCUCAAGAGGCGCUCCCAGAAAUUAAUCGAAUCCCGCAGCAAGAAGACCAGUCGCUCGCGGAGGUCCUAGACUCGCCCUCGCGCCCACCUGGCGUUUCAGGGCCCCCUGCGGAGCCCCCAAACCCCUCUGGGCCCAGCGGCGGGCCCACGGGGACCCUUCAAGGGCUGAACGCGGCCCGGACGAGGGAGCAGAGCGGGCGGGCGAUGCCCGGAGUAGAGAAGGGGGCUGGGUUGCCGGACGUUCCCACAGUAAAUCUCCCCAGGCUGGUCCGCGCCGGCCUCGGAAUCGCGCAUUAAAGGUCAACCACCAGCCCCCUGAGUAUUCGCCUCUCCUUGAUCCUGCACCACCCCAUAGAUGGCUGCCCCUCAAACCAGGGCCACA